GUUUUUGGUCAUUUUAAUACCAAUCUAUUUAAGUUAUUGUGAAUCAUCACGAAGUUAAAUCACGACAUAUCUCAGGAUAUUGAACGACACCGUGUUCUGACAGUUGGUGGCGGUAACGCGCUCCGGAUGGAAGCAGCGCCUGCUCGAAAUAGAACAGCAGAAGAAGAAGCAACAGGAGGUUUGGCGGACAUGGCGGACGACAGCAGGUUCAGCGCUCUCCAAUAAACAGCAGGCAAAGUGAAACCAAAGAGGACUAACUCUUAUUUUAACGUUUCAUGGAUAAGCCGGACUCCCCAGGACUGUGAGCCCUCCACUACAGCCGCAUGGCGUCCACUCAAGCCCGGAUAGGCCAGCAGGCCUUGGCGGUGUUGGAUGUAGCUCUGCGAGUCCCCUGUAUCUUUAUUAUCGACGCCAUUUUUAACUCGUACUACGACCCCGGCUCGGGCUGGGCCGGUGCCGUGGGGAAGGUGCUGGUCAGAGUCUCAGGUGUCCUCGUCUCCAGCGUGGUGCUGCUGCUCUCCCAGAAGGCCUUGUUCAAGUUCUACACCCUCUUCUGUGCCGUCCUCCUCGGCAUGGCGGCGGUCCUCUUUAACUACUACGCCACCUCUCACAUAGACUUCUACAGCGCGUACUACAAAGCGGCGCUGGGCUUCAGGUUACUGCCGAGGAACGGGCCCACGCUGUGGCUGGGCAUGGCCGCUGUGCAGCUGGUCUUCGGCAUCGGUUACGUGUUCCUGCUCAACCUGCAGUCACUGUUUGCUGCACUGGUGGUCCUGGACAUCAUGAUCCCUCUGUGGGGAAUGAUGAUCGAGCUGCCUGCAGACGUCAGACAAAUGGUGGCCGUGUUCUCGGGCAUGGCGCUGGCUCUGAACACGGCCGUGUGCCUCGCCAUGAGGCUCAAAUGGUUCUACUACUCGUGCCGGUACGUCUACCUGCUGGUCCGGCACAUGUACAGAAUCUACGGGCUGCAGCUGCUUCUCGAGGACACCUGGAAGAGGAUCCGGUUCCCCGAUGUGCUGCGGGUGUUCUGGCUGACCCGGGUCACAGCACAGGCGCUGAUCCUGGUCUACGUAGUGCGUGCAGUGAGGAGGGAGAGCGGCGACGCUACAGGCGGGGCCACAGAUGGGAGCUCGGACUCACAGGGUUACCUGCUGAGCUGGGAUGUGUUCUGGGAUCUGACCAGUAACCUGAUCAUCUCGGGCUGUGACUCCACCCUCACCGUGCUGGGGAUGAGUGCCGUCAUCUCGUCCGUGGCACACUACCUCGGCCUCAGCAUCCUGGCUUUCAUCGGUUCCACCGAGGAGGAGGACAAGCGUUUAGGUUUCGUCGCUCCGGUUCUGUUCUUCAUUCUGGCUCUGCAGACCGGCCUCAGCAGCCUGGACCCCGAGGAGCGCCUGGUCCGUCUGAGCAGGAACAUGUGCCUUCUGCUGACCGCCAUCCUGCACUUCAUCCACGGCAUGACCGACCCCGUGCUCAUGUCACUCAGCGCCUCCCACGUCUCCUCUUUUCGACGCCAUUUCCCCGUCCUGCUGGUGUCCUCGGCGCUCUUUGUGCUCCCUGUGGUGCUCAGCUACGCCCUCUGGCAUCACUAUGCCCUCAACACGUGGCUGUUCGCGGUCACCGCCUUCUGCGUGGAGCUCUGCCUCAAGGUGGUCGUGUCUCUGACCGUCUACGGCCUCUUCAUGGCGGACGGCUUCUCUAACGUCCUGUGGGAGAAGUUGGACGACUACGUCUACUACGUGCGCUCCACAGGAAACAUCAUUGAGUUCCUGUUUGGCGUCAUCAUGUUUGGGAACGGCGCCUACACGAUGAUGUUCGAGUCCGGCAGUAAGAUCCGCGCCUGCAUGAUGUGUCUGCACGCUUACUUCAACAUCUACCUGCAGGCCAAGAAUGGCUGGAAGACCUUCAUCAACCGACGCACGGCCGUCAAGAAGAUCAACUCGCUACCGGAGGUACGCGGCGACCAGCUGACGGACAUCGAGGACGUGUGCGCCAUCUGCUACCAGGAGUUCUCCACGUCGGCUCGCAUCACGCCGUGUCACCACUACUUCCACGCUCUGUGCCUGAGGAAGUGGCUGUACAUCCAGGACACGUGUCCCAUGUGUCACCAGAGAGUGUAUGUGGAGGAGGACAGCCGAGACAGAGCCGCCUUCUCCAACAACAACGGAGGCUACGCAGUGCCGCAGGACGCCGCUGCUGCAGCCCCGGCCGCUCCGGGGGAACCCCAACACGGACAGCAGGCCGCCGAGCCGCCGGCGGACGGAGCUGCAGCGGGCGUGCAGCCUGCAGGAGGAGAGCUGGACAACGAGCUGCUGGAGGACAACGACAGCAUCGAGUACGACGAAGACGAGUGGGGGACUCAGAACGGCAGCACGCCGAUAGAGGAAGACUAUAUCAACGAUGACACAGACUCCACGGAGGACUGACGGAGACCAACUCCGAGAGAAGAAAACAUUUAUCUUUAUUAUAUUUAAGUUAAAAAAAAAAAAAAGAGUCUAAAAGUUCAGCUUCUUCAUUUGUUCUGGAAAACGUCAGGGAUGUCUUUCUGUCUUUCUUCUUUCUCUUUGAUUUUCACUUUGAUUUCUCUCUAAGGGCUCGAGGAGGAGGAACUGCUGCUCCCCUGUGUGUGUGUGUGUGUGUGUGUGUGUGUAUGAGAGUGUGCAUGUGUGGGAGUGCGUGUUUCAAAAUAUGGCAUACUUUUCUCAACCACGUGUUUUAAAACAAUACAAUCCUCGUUAUAUUUUAAACCAAACAGAGAGCACUCUGUUUAAAUUCCUCAACAUAUUGUGGAUGUGUGGAGAAGAGGGAGGAGCCAUGGAGGGGAGGGGUCUUGAAGAGCAGGGAGUGGCCAUGAAUGGGAGGGGUCAUGAAGAGGGAGGAGCCAUGCAGAGGAGCUCCUCCCUCUUCUCCACACACAGAAGCAGAGGAACCGGUAAGUCUCUGAAUGAACGAGGACAGAGCUUUGGUUGAAUUAUUUAGUUUGAUCAGAUUCUAAACACGCAGGAUGAAUAAAUCCGCAUCGCCAUCAUGCUCAAAGUCUUAAAGCAAACUCACUUCAAGAACAUCCCGUCGAACAGCAGCCGCAGUUCUGUGUGUGUGUGUGUGUGUGUGUGUGUGUGUGUGUUUGCCGACAGGUGUUGUAAUUGGAUGAUGUCUUAAAGCUGCACUUUCUUGCUCCCUCGCUGUCCUGCAGGGAAACUCUGCAAUGUGUCAGUCGGUUCAUUGAAGAUAAAACUGUCGAAUGAUUGAUGUUUUGAUGGAUCUGCAGGUUUAAGUUGCACGCCGUUUAAAUCUCAUAGGGAAACCCUCGCUCCACUCAAGCUCCUCCCACUUAUUCAAAUGUUGCCAACGUGUUUCACAAACUGUGUGUAGGACUUUGUCUGCAGUAUUUGAUGUCGAGGAUUUUGAUUUUUAACUUUUGGUCAAAUGUAUGAGUGAGUGUUGAUCGUCCUCUCUCUCUUUGGUUGAACAUGUAAUAACGAUCUGUAGUUUUUUUUGUUUGUUUUAAAGCGUUGGUACGUUUGGAUCCAUUAAUCGUUAAAUUAACAGAUCGUAUCAUAAAGUCCGAACACUUGUCUCGUUCUCUGUCUCGCCGUUUGUCGGGUGAAAUCGUGGCAAGCAGGUCGAUCUGAGCUCGUUAGUGUUCAACACUUACUCUGAAUAAGUGGAACGUGCGGCAGAGAGAGGGAGGGGAGCAGGUUUCUCUCAGCUCUGCACGAGCAGAGACACACACAUUAGCACACACACACAGAGAGAGAGUGUGUGUGCGUUGCGCGUGUGUGUUUGCGUUGCGUUUGUUGCGCAUGUGCGUUGUGUGUGUGUGUGUGUGAUUCCAAACAUGACGUGCUACUGUAAUCACUGAUAUACCUCUUUAUCAUGACUUACUACUGGUCUCUUGUGUGACCUCGCUUACAUUUGUGUACAUUAUUGUACAUAUAAUAAAACACAACAUGCACACUUCCUGA